GGCCUGCGCCGCGCAGCCCGCCUCGGGCGGGAGGCGGGAGGCGGGAGGCCGGGCCCAGGCCGGGGCAGCCCCUCAACCGCACCGUCCUGGCCGGUGCCCAGGUCCGAGUCGCCUUCCGCCUGGCCUCCCCGCCUCCUCCCCGCGGCAGCCCCAGCCAGGUCCCGCCGCCAAGCCGGCUCCCGCCCCCGCUCCGCCCCCGGAGCCGCAGCCCCGCCCGCCACCGCCGUCGCCAUGUUGUGGCUCCCGCAGCCGGCGCUGGGAACGCGCGCGGCCAAGACCCGGGCCUGCAGUCGCCGCCGUAGCCGCCAGGUGGUGUUUGGACUCUAGACCAUGUGCCUAGGUAGAAGUUUUUCCUUUCUCUGCAGCUCUGCUCCCCUAGCAACGCUCGCCACACCCUUGUUUUGAGAUCCUCUCUAAGGAGCGGAGAGUUUAAUAGGCAAGAAGGAAGGGAGAAGACAGAAGGAAGACGCUCCCCUGUACAGAGACGGGGUGGGGCUCCAAAGCCGAAAAAGGAGGUCCCCACUGGCCACGGAUACCAGUCAGCCCUUGCCAGCAUCCAGCCAUGGGGGAUAUGAAAACCCCAGAUUUUGAUGACCUUCUGGCUGCCUUUGACAUCCCAGACCCUACCAGCCUUGAUGCCAAGGAGGCCAUCCAGACACCCAGUGAGGAGAAUGAGAGUCCCCUCAAACCUCCAGGCAUAUGUAUGGAUGAAAGUGUGUCCUUGUCUCACUCAGGAUCAGCCCCUGAUGUGCCGGCCGUGAGUGUCAUUGUCAAGAACACCAGCCGCCAGGAGUCGUUUGAAGCAGAGAAAGACCACAUUACUCCCAGUCUCCUACACAAUGGAUUCCGGGGCUCAGAUCUGCCUCCAGAUCCCCACAACUGUGGGAAAUUUGAUUCUACUUUUAUGAAUGGAGACAGUGCCAGGAGUUUCCCUGGCAAACUGGAGCCUCCCAAGUCAGAGCCAUUACCCACCUUCAACCAGUUCAGUCCAAUCUCCAGCCCAGAACCGGAGGAUCCCAUCAAAGAUAACGGAUUCGGGAUAAAGCCCAAACACUCUGACAGUUAUUUCCCACCCGCUCUUGGGUGCGGGGCUGCAGGGGGCCCAGUCCUGGAGGCUCUGGCUAAGUUUCCGGUUCCGGAGCUACAUAUGUUUGAUCAUUUUUGUAAGAAAGAACCCAAGCCAGAACCCCUGCCCUUGGGGAGCCAGCAGGAACACGAGCGAGGUGGGCAGAACGCAGUGGAACCUCACAAGGAUCCGGAUGCCACUCAGUUCUUUGGGGAAGCUUUGGAGUUCAACAGCCAUCCUAGCAACAGUAUCGGAGAGUCCAAGGGGCUUGCCCGGGAGCUUGGUACCUGCUCAUCAGUCCCCCCUAGGCAGCGUCUAAAGCCAGCUCAUUCCAAGCUGUCCUCUUGUGUGGCAGCCUUGGUGGCCUUGCAGGCCAAAAGAGUGGCUAGUGUCACUAAGGAGGAUCAGCCUGGCCACACAAAGGAUCUCUCAGGGCCCGCUAAAGAGGGUUCUAAAGGUAGCCCCAAAAUGCCCAAGUCACCAAAGAGUCCCCGGAGCCCUCUGGAGGCCACUAGAAAAAGUAUCAAGCCAUCGGACAGCCCUCGUAGCAUCUGCAGUGACAGCAGCAGCAAAGGCUCACCGUCUGUGGCUGCCAGCUCCCCACCAGCAAUUCCCAAAGUGAGAAUCAAAACCAUUAAGACAUCAUCAGGGGAAAUCAAACGGACUGUCACAAGGAUCCUGCCAGAUCCUGAUGAUCCAAGUAAGUCCCCUGUUGGGUCACCUCUAGGGAGCGCCAUUGCCGAGGCCCCAAGCGAGGUGCCAGGGGAUGAGGUGCCUGUGGAAGAGCACUUUCCUGAGGCAGGCACAAAUUCAGGGAGCCCCCAGGGGGCCAGGAAAGGGGACGAGAGCAUGACAAAGGCCAGUGACUCUUCAUCUCCCUGCUGCAGUUCUGGGCCCCAGGUCCCAAAGGAGGCUGCCCCAGGCUCACAGACAGGCAAGAAGCAACAGAGCACAGCACUGCAGGCAUCCACCCUGGCCCCUGCCAACCUCCUGCCCAAAGCUGUGCACUUGGCCAACCUGAACCUCGUCCCCCACAGUGUUGCUGCAUCAGUGACAGCCAAGUCCUCAGUGCAAAGACGGAGCCAGCCACAGCUUACACAAAUGUCGGUGCCCCUGGUCCACCAGGUGAAAAAGGCUGCUCCACUGAUUGUAGAGGUCUUCAACAAGGUCCUCCACAGCUCCAACCCCGUGCCCCUCUACGCGCCAAAUCUCAGCCCGCCUGCGGACAGCAGGAUCCACGUGCCGGCCAGUGGGUACUGCUGCCUGGAGUGUGGAGACGCAUUUGCCUUAGAGAAGAGCCUGAGCCAGCACUAUGGCCGGCGGAGCGUCCACAUUGAGGUACUGUGCACACUGUGCUCCAAGACGCUGCUCUUCUUCAACAAGUGCAGCCUGCUCCGGCAUGCCCGUGACCACAAGAGCAAGGGGCUCGUCAUGCAGUGUUCCCAGCUGCUGGUGAAGCCCAUCUCUGCAGACCAAAUGUUCGUGUCGGCCCCUGUGAACUCCACGGCACCAGCAGCCCCAGCCCCUUCAUCGUCUCCCAAACAUGGCCUCACUUCGGGCAGUGCCAGUCCUCCUCCUCCAGCCUUGCCACUCUACCCAGACCCUGUGAGGCUCAUCCGGUACUCAAUCAAGUGUCUUGAAUGUCACAAGCAGAUGCGGGACUACAUGGUCCUGGCUGCACAUUUCCAGAGGACAACAGAGGAGACAGAGGGGCUGACCUGCCAGGUAUGCCAGAUGCUGCUGCCCAACCAGUGCAGUUUCUGUGCCCACCAGCGGAUUCACGCACACAAGUCCCCCUACUGCUGCCCGGAGUGUGGGGUCCUCUGCCGCUCUGCCUACUUCCAGACCCAUGUAAAGGAGAAUUGCCUGCACUAUGCCCGCAAGGUGGGCUACAGGUGCAUCCACUGUGGUGUCGUCCACCUGACCUUGGCCUUGCUGAAAAGCCAUAUCCAGGAGCGACACUGCCAGGUUUUCCACAAAUGUGCAUUCUGCCCCAUGGCCUUCAAGACUGCCAGCAGCACCGCGGACCACAGUGCCACCCAGCACCCCACCCAGCCCCACAGACCCUCCCAGCUCAUUUAUAAGUGCUCCUGUGAAAUGGUCUUCAAUAAGAAGAGGCACAUUCAGCAGCAUUUUUACCAGAAUGUCAGCAAGACGCAGGUGGGCGUCUUCAAGUGCCCUGAGUGCCCACUCUUGUUCGUGCAAAAGCCGGAGUUGAUGCAACAUGUCAAGAGCACUCACGGUGUUCCCCGAAAUGUGGAUGAGCUGUCAAGCCUCCAGUCUUCAGUGGACACAUCCUCAAGCCGCCCCAGCUCUCGAGUUCCCACUGAGCCCCCAGCCACUAGUGUGGCUGCUCGGAGCAGCUCCCUGCCUUCUGGCCGCUGGGGUAGGCCUGAAGCCCACCGCAGGGUGGAAGCCAGGCCUCGGCUGAGGAACACUGGCUGGACCUGCCAGGAGUGCCAGGAGUGGGUUCCAGAUCGGGAGAGCUAUGUGUCCCACAUGAAAAAGAGCCACGGUCGGACAUUGAAGCGGUACCCGUGCCGGCAGUGUGAACUAUCCUUCCACACCCCCAACAGCCUGCGCAAACACAUCCGCAACAACCAUGACACAGUAAAGAAGGUCUACACCUGCGGGUACUGCACAGAGGACAGCCCCAGCUUUCCUCGGCCCUCCCUCCUGGAGAGCCACAUCAGCCUUAUGCAUGGCAUCAGAAACCCUGAUUUGAGCCAAACGUCCAAAGUCAAACCUCCAGGUGGACAUUCCCCUCAGGUGAACCAUCUGAAAAGACCAGUCAGUGGAGUAGGGGAUGCUCCAGGCACCAGCAAUGGCGCAACCGUCUCUUCCACCAAAAGGCACAAGUCCCUUUUUCAGUGCGCGAAAUGUAGUUUUGCCACAGACUCAGGGCUCGAGUUUCAGAGCCACAUACCUCAGCACCAGGUGGACAGCUCCACAGCCCAAUGUCUCCUCUGUGGUUUGUGCUACACCUCUGCCAGCUCCCUCAGCCGUCACCUCUUCAUUGUCCACAAGGUGAGAGACCAGGAGGAGGAAGAGGAAGAGGAGGUGGUGGCAGCAGAGAUGGCAGUGGAGGUGGCAGAGCCAGAGGAGGGCUCCGGGGAGGAGGUGCCCAUGGAGACUAGAGAGAAUGGACUGGAAGAAUGUGCCGGUGAGCCUUUGUCGGUUGACCCAGAGGUGAGGAGAUUGCUGGGCCAGGCCCCUGAGGACGAUGGUGGCCACAAUGAUCACAGUCAACCACAGGCCUCUCAGGACCAGGACAGCCACGCACUAUCCCCUCAGGUGUGACUGGAGACCUUGCAGUGUGCAUAGUCAGGGGUUGCGCCAAAGCGUCUUCCACCUGCCGUGCGGACCGUGGAAAAUAAAAGGCUCUGCCCCCGGUGUGAGUGUGGCCAGUUGUACCCUGGAGUAGUGUCUGCCCUGAGCUGCCAGUGCUGGGUAUCCCCCAGCCCCAGGAAAUGUGGGGUUGGCCAGGACCCUCACAGCUCUGAAUUUGCUUCUGUUAUUUAUGGCUUUGUGCUGCUUUUUGGUACCCCAUCUCUUGUCUGUGUCCUUCCAACCCCAGGCUGCUUAUGUGGCCCAACCCCAAUGCUGUCAACUAGGCUUGAAUACCACAGCGGCUGUGCUCUUCUGGGAGGUUCCCGCUUGCUGCCUUCAGCCAGGGCGCUCCUCAGAGCUCUAUUUUCCUGCAGACACCAGCUCUCCUUCCUGCCUUUAGAUCCUGAGAAGGAGGGAAACGAGAGGUGCUGACACAGUCCCUCUGGGAGAGCUCUGCCUUGCCUGGUUUGGCAAGAGCCCUUGAUUGCCUUGCCCAUCCUCCCUGUCUUUGAUUCUUUUCUCUCAAAAUAGUCCUGAGAACUAAUUGUCACACUGGCUCAUCAUGUCUCUGUGGGUGGGGUGGGAGAAACCUCUGCUGCACACCUCUGUUUGGAACCUGGGGAGAGCAGGAGGUAAAGCAAAGGCAGGCAGGCACCAAGAGCCAGACCCCUUGAGAAGGCGCUGUGGGUGGGUCUUUGUUCUGCCAUUUUGCCUUUCCUGACAGGUGGGGUUGGGGCACACAGACAUUGGAAUAUUUGUACUCCUGCUCUUGUGCCAUUUGAGAGGCUGCUGCCCCAGGCAGGCCAGCCCCUCCUCCUCUUGGCUACACUCAUGUUGCUCAGACUAUAUUUCAAAUAAAAAAUCUUCUCACCAUGCAGGUAGGCUCUUGUAUUCCUCUCCAAGUGAGCCUGGCCCCACCCUGUUCCACCCAAGGGUCUUUCCCAGACUUCCCCUGUUUGUCCCAUCUCUGAGGGAGGACAACACUUCCUACUGUCUAAGGAAGGUCUUCUCUAGAUUCUGGAGCUUGUGGUUAGGAAACCAGGAGCCCUGUACUUUUUAGUUCUCUAGAGACCUUCUGAAGGGGUGAGGGGAGGGACUCCACCAUGUGGAGACCUCUAAGAUCUCCCCUAGGCUAGUGGCAUUGGCUUUAGGGCCUAUCGAAAUUUUCUGGGUACCUUCAUCUUUCCUUCACAUGAUUUUCAACCUAACAGAACCCCUUACUGGUAAAAAGGGAAAAGGGGGUGGAGAAGAGGAAUUUUAUAAUUUUCGUAUAGCAUUCAAGAGGUUUCUUGUUUCUUACAGCAUUGCUGCUGCCACAGAGAACUCAAAUGUGGCAGAACUGGGAUUAGACUUGGAAGACUGGCUGUCUUUUCACUGAUGGUGGAGUCAGGGCCCACCCAAGCAGGAGGAACAGGCUGUGUGGAGGUGUCCUGUGACCUCUAACCCAGGUGGCAUGGGGCUGGGCCCAGCAGGAUCUAGUAAAGGGAAGAGGGUGCUAGCUGGGUGCCUAGAAGUCAUCUUUCAAGGAGGCAUUAAAUAUAAAUUAUAAAUUAUUAAGUCAGAUAAAUAUUCCUGGCCUUUUCACAGUUGAAAAAAAUACAUUUUUUUCCUCUAUCAAAUGCCAAGUUUUUAGUGGAAAUACUAAUGGCAGUGGGAAAGGUUGCCUCACUUUCAGAGAGACUCUCACUGUCUGCACCCUUUUAAUAAUUGCUCUUCCUGGCAAGGCUGCCACCUCUCUGUCUCCCAGACUGGCAGUGGGGCAACCCAGGCGUGUUUCCAGUUACCUACAAAGCCAGACCUAGCCCUGCCAUAGCUGUUGUCCCAUGCCUAAUUGUAGUUGCAGGAAGCCAUCCCUGUACCCUGGGUCCGUUCACAGGAACACGUUCCAGAGAAGGCUGAUGGAAGGGUUUGAAAUGACUGGUUGAACCCUUCCUGCUCAGACACAGUGGUAGCUGGAGAGCAGGCAGAGAUGGUAGAAUUGCAGGUUUGACCACCUGUACUGACCCCAGAUAUACAUCUUCCUGGGAAGAACAUGAGUUGGAAAAAUGUUGAGCCACUCCCUAGAAAACCUGGGUCCUGGCCUGGAUUCUGCCCUUAGCCAGCUCUUAACAAAUCCCUUAACCUCACUCUCUCCUCCCCUUCACGAUACACUUAGUAGUUCCCAUCCAACUGGCUUCACGGGCUUUUGUGAACUCAUGAAUGUGAAAGUCUUUUCUAGUUUAUAAAACACUAUAUGAAUGUGGGGAAAUCUUUACUUGACCUUAGGGCAUGGAGGGUGGAGCACAUUUUGUCUGCUGUUCGGCCUUAGAUGCUGAUGAGCAGUUAUGAAGUGGCCCAGACACCUAGCCAUUCUUUAGUAAGAGUGAAGAUAGCAUUUUAAGCCCUGCUUGUGUGCCCAGCAUCUUGCUGAACACUUUCUGGUGAUUCUCUCCUUUAAUCCUCACAAAGAUCUCACAGUUGUCCUCCAUUUUACGGAGAAGAAUACCGAGGCUCACAGAGGUUAAACGAUGUGCAGAGGCCACCUGUAGUGAUGGUGCUGAGUCAAGCCUGUCAACCACUGUGCUCCUUAGUGACCCAGGCUGCUUUGACAGGCUGCCAGCUUGUCAGUGGUUUGCAGCCUCCCAGAUAUUUGUUUUCCUACUUCCCAUGCAGUUGAGGUGCCCUGCCAAGUUCCAGGUUCUCUUUGGAGUCCAUCUGUGCCUUGUCACCCCAAGGAGGACCUCGAGCAUCACGCUGUGACAUUCCAAAACACGUGGUAUCUCUACAACCUUUCAUUCUCGUUGGGAUUUGCCUUGCCAUUUGAACACCAUCAUUUUUUGAGGACUAUCUAGAAAAGGUUGCCUAACCCUCACAGGGAACACAGAGUCCAAUAUCUUCUGGUCUUUUCUUUUGCAAGAUUUUUUUAAAUGGUUGUGCUAUCAUUUGUCAUCAUCAGAAAAUGCUUGCUGUAACAAGCGUUUAUCUGCACAUUAUGCUGCAGUGAAUGCUCUACUGAUCAAAUUAAACAGAUAAGAUCCCUACCCUUGUAGAAACUACAACUUAAUACACUCUAAGACUUGACAAAUUACUUAGUAUUUAUUUUCCAACUGCUUUAUCUCUGUAAAAUGAUAUGCUGAAUUAUUAUAAGCUAAUUGUUGUAGAAAGAACUUUCCCCUUAACUUAUGUAAACAGUCUGGUUUUAAAAAAAUUAAUAAUUGUGGCCCAGUAAGCUCAAAACUUUGCCUUCCCCAAGACUGAGGAACCUCUGUCCUGUUCACCACUGUAUAUUCAGCACCAGGCAAUUUCUUUUAUUUUUUGUUUGUUUGUUUUGAAAAAUUAAUACAUAUACAUGGUAAGACAUUCCACAAUACAAAAGGGUAUACAAUAACUGGUAAGCUUCCCCAUGGAGGUCAGCCUCUAGUCCCCUCUCCAGAGUUAAUCACUGUUAUCUAUAUGUUGUGUAUCCUUUCAGAGCAAUUCUAUGCAUUUACAGGUUUAUAAAUAUGUAUAUUUAUAUAUCUAUUUUUAAUACAAAUAGUAGAAUUCUAUACACAGUGUUCUGAAGCUUGCUUUCUUAUAUAAUAUUUUGGAGAUUAUUCCAAAUUCAAACAUUGGGUCAGAGUAAUUCUUUAAAAGUUCCUUGCGUAUAACAGUGAUUCAAAAAGUAUAUGGAUGAAUGAGUGAAUGCCUGCAUGAAUGAAUGAAUCUGAUUCAAUUGGUAGCUACUGCUGUUCUCUUGGGGUCUGAUCUGAUCAAGACAGUACCUUUUAGAUUCUAGAAUGUGUUCUCCUGACUAAGGGGUUCAGGAUACUAUUCACCUUCUCCAACAGAUGCCACAGGAGCCUUAGGAACUGGGUACAGGAAGUCUUGGGCCCCUGGAGGGAAAAGUUGAGACCCAGGUCCUACUUAAAAUGCUUGGUUUUAAGGUUCCUCUUAAAAUGCUUUUUUCUUUAUUGGAAAAUGAUGUAACAUUUUAGAGAAAAUUAAAAAGCACACAUAUUU